UCUCAUGGUCUCACAACAAUCUAUCCUUCGGAUUUGUGGAUCCUUGCUAGAGCUAAGGAGAAUCGAGUCAUUAGUUAUCCCCAUCUGGUGUUUUGCUCAUAUGCUGAAUUAUCAUGACGACCACUAUGAUGGCGACUUCCCUUUGCUCCUCAUAUCACUCAAAUCCUGCUGGCCUUGGGCCUGGAUUUGCGUUUGAAGAUGGCUCGUGUGGAUCUGCUCAGCUCUCUUCGUGCUCAGUUUGUGCUCCGUAAGGUCGAUGCAUCUGUCGGCCGCCGUCGCCCUCUGGUCAAUGCUCUAGGGGGAGAAGCAGCUGGUCAUGCAGUUCCUUCACUUGAGGAUGGACUCAGUCUUGCAGAUCUGGGUGAGGAUGAAGCUAAAGAAGCACCGGAUAUAGCAGAUCUAGUUGGGGUGGUUAGGGACAAUGGUAAACAACCAAUGGUGCAUCCCAUGGAGGCUAUUCGAGUCAUGUUCAGGCAGGAGGGGGAAGCUAGCAGCAGCAAGAAUCAGAUGCUGGAGGAUGAAUAUGCCAUCUCAGACUAUGUCCCAUCUCCAGAAUAUGAGUUCUAGGAUGCAUAUCAUUCUUAGGGGGAGUUAGCUUAAGAUAGUUGG